GGGAGGGGGAGGGGCGGUUACGGCAGUUUGCAGCGGUCCUCGUCGACAUCCGUUGCCGUAAAGCGGUCGUGCAGCCUGUCAGGAGCUGGUAAACAUGUGCAGGGCUCAGUAGCUGCGGACGAGUCGCGAUGGAGAACUACAGGAAGGCUCGCACGGUGGAGCAGCCGUGGCCCCGCCCCUUCCCGGGCCUGCCCGCAGACACGCCCGAGAUCCACGUCAAAGACGGCAGCAAGAUCCGCAACCUCAUGCGCUACGCCCUGAGCCGCAUGGAGGCCCGGCCCCGAGCGGCGGAGGGGGAGGGGCGGCCCAAACCCGAGGAGGGAGGGGGCGCGGCCGCCGCCGAGAAGCCGCCCUGCCGGCAGAUGGUGUUCACGGCGACGGGGAAGGGCGUGUCCAAAGCCAUCACGUGCGCGGAGCUGGUGAAGCGGCGCGUGAAGGGGCUGCACCAGCACACGGAGCUGCUGUACUGCGGCGUGGACGAGGUGUGGGAGCCGCUGGAGCCCGACGCCGGCCUCGACAGCCUCACCGUCAGCAGGAAGCUGCCCUCCAUCUGCAUCCUGCUGUCCAGGGAGCCGCUGGACGCCACACGGCCCGGCUACCAGGCCCCCGGCAGCUUCGACGCCCUGUGGGCUCAGGCCGCCCGGGAGGAGGCGGGGGGAGGACAGAGACCUGGACACAGGAGGAGGAGAGGAGGAGGAGGAGGAGGAGGAGGAGGGAGAGGGAAGGGAGGAGCGGCGAGGCAGACUGGGCGAGCCAGAGAGCCGGGGAGAGGCCAGAGCUGACUCAAACUGUGAGGAGGCCCAGACUGAAGAGACGGAGCAGAGAGGACAGUCCGUCCGGCUCCUGCUCGGCGUCUCCGUGCUGCUCCUGCUCAGACAGGAGCUCAAGUCCCAUCCAGAUGUUUCCAGCAGCUGCAGUGGAGUUUGAGUUCAGGAAAUGUUUCAGCGGCAAACAUCAGAGUGUGGUGUCGCUCCCCGGCAGUACAGGUGGAGCCUCGGAAAGAGAGGAAAAAAGAGAAAUCUCAUAAAUUUACAACUUUAAUCUCAGAAAUUGAGUUUUUUUUCUUGGAUUAUUACAACCCCCUCUCCCAGCUCCUUUUUUUUUUUUUUUUUGUCCCAACGAUGGUCUGACACGCUGACCUUCCUCCUCCUUUUUUUGUUUUUGCUGUCAGACUUUGUUGUUUCUGCUCUCGAUCUCUUUUUCACCAAACAAUCAAACGGAGUCAGAAAUGCGGUGGAGUUUUUUGUUCACAAGUGUUUUUGGAGGGUUUUGUGUUCGUCUCAGACGUUUGAGGUUUUAAUAAAAGCAGCCACAGUUUUCUUGCAGGUUGUUUGUCUCCAUCAUGGGAGUGUGUGAGUGUGUGAGUGUGUGUGUGUGUGUGUGUGUGUGUGUGUGUGUGUGUGUGUGUGUUUUGAGUCUGCAGAUGUAAUCGAUGAGCUGAUCUGAUCAGGAUUGUGUGACUGAAUGAGUCUGGUUUCUGAAAAUGUUUUUUUUUUGUUUCUGUAUUUAUUUUGCUGUGAAUUUAUGUCUGGCUUCACUUCACACACUGACACUCAUAACCUCAAAUCCUGCAACAGAACCCUCUCAGAUUAUCAGCUGAUUAAAAAGUGAUCAGCGUCCGCUCCGAUUCAUUAGUACUUUAUUUUAAAUUCAUUAAAAAAGUGUGAUUUCCAAUAAAUGAGUCAGAUUAACACAAGCUGUUGGCCUUUUCUCCCAUUUUCCUCCAGAGACUUAAAUGCAACAUCAGGAGGUGAAAACCAGAUGUGAUCAACAUUACCUGAUCAAUAAGCCUUUUGAGUUUCUUUUGUACAGCUGAUUUCAUUUAAUAAAAGUAUAAAACUCA